UGUUUGUGAUAAUGUUCGCAGUAGUGACCAUGAUAGUGACCAUGAUAACGAUCACAAUAACAACAGCGAUCAUAGUAACGACCACAAUAAUGACUGCAAUAACGAUCGCAAUAACGACCUCAAUAAUAAUAUUAGUACCACUAAUAAGGGAAUUUUUAAGAGUGAAGUGUGGCAGUUUUUUAACAGAAUUGUGUGGUUAACAGAACGAAAAACUGCUAAAUGCAAGGUUCCGAACUGUACACACAAGGAAUUUUCCUGCGGAAGUGGAGGUGGCGAUAUCAAGGAAGCAUUCGGAAGGAAUUCUAAAAGUUCUUCUUUUACGAGGCUGACUAAUGUGGAUAAUAUAAAACUUCGUGAUAUGUUCGCUGCUUGGGUUAUUAAUCGCCAACGCCCAUUUACUAUAAUUGAAGACCCUGAGUUGAUCGAAAUUAUACAAUAUUUAAACCCCACCGCACAAUUAGUCAAAGCCGAUGCGAUAAAGAACGCAAUUAUGUCACUUUAUAGCUCUGGAAAAAGGGAAUUGAAGGCAAGCUUCGCUACAUAUCUAAUAUUCAAAGCUAUGCAUACUUCACUACUAUCAAUUCCAAAAUCUCUUUCACAUGAAGAUUGGGCGCUUCAAGAAACCGUAAUUGACUUUGGUUUGAUAAAGGGAAGACAUGAUGGAAUUAAUCUUGCUAAUGGAUUCUUUACGGUGUUAAAAGAGUAUGAAAUUACUUCGAAG